CAACUCAGAUUGGAGGACUAAACAGGAGAAACAGCAAACAUGUCCGUAGCAUCAUCUCAACAAAGUUUCCUAACCAACGCUCUGACAUUAACCCACAAACCCAGAACAAGGACCUUCAAUUCUGUUGCCUUCAUCCCCUGUAGAUGCCAACAGGAUAAACCCCAGGAUUCUUCCAGGAGAAAUGAGAACCAGUUGGCAAAGUUAGCAAUAGUGACACUGGCAGCUGGGGUGCUGACUCUGGGCUCAGUUGGUGAUGCAUACGCCGCCAAGACUGGUGGUCGAGUAGGUGGCCAAGCGUUCCGGUCAUCGGCUCCUCGAUCAUCCCCAAGAAUCAACAACAAUUCCAGGACCAAUAUUUAUAUUAAUCCACCUGUUGCACCUCCUUUAGUUGGAGGUUAUGGAUAUGGUUUUGGAGUGCCAUUCUACGGUGGAGGCUGGGGUUGGUCUCCAUUUUCCUUCUUUGUACCUGGUCCCAGCGUUGCAAUUGGCAUUGGAGGCGGAUUUGAAGUUUUAGUCUUCUUUAUGUUUCUUGGUGCUGCUACAGCUGUUGUAAGGAGAUUCCUUGGAUCAAGAGAUGAAGAUGAGUAUUAGGAAAUAGAUUAAAACAUUUUAAGGCGUUGUGUAGAGCUAUAAAUAACAGUGUGUUGUUACUGUAGCUACAUGCCAUUUCAGUUUGCUGCUCGUGUCUUAACUGUGAAGAAUUUGGCCUACCAUGUAUGCAUAUGAAUUUUUAUAAUGAUGCAAUGAAGCGAUACUUUAUAAGUUUGAAAAGAGAGAUUGGAACAGAUAUCACGUUUCUUGUUCUGCAAUAUAAUCAUUGCCAAGGA